UAUAGACGCGCCGGGUGCCUCGUGCGCAUGCGCGGCAGGCCUCUGGGGGACGAGUCAGAGACGGAACCUGUGUACAAAGUGAUCGGCUUCGGCCGCACGCAGUGGCCCCCCACUCCCCGGGCGAAGUCGGCCGCCUUCCCGCAGAGUCGCAACCACGGGUGGCUUCUGUAGGUAACGGCAGGUCCAGGCCUGCGCGUAAGCAGAGGGCCCCCCGCGCGACCUGGAAUGGCCCGGGCGCGCGCGGUCUUGUGGGAGUUGUAGUCUUCCGUCCGCGCCCACGUGGACUCCGUUUCCCGUGGUGCCCCGGGCGGCGCGCUUCCGGCGCAGCUACGGGUCGGCGCACGCGGCCUCGGUCCGGUUGACUUUGCGGAGCCAUGGAGGGCGGCUUCGGCUCCGAUUUCGGGGGCUCCAGCAGCGGAAAGCUGGACCCAGGGCUCAUAAUGGAGCAAGUGAAGGUGCAAAUCGCCGUGGCCAACGCGCAGGAGCUGCUGCAGAGGAUGACGGACAAGUGUUUCCGGAAGUGUAUCGGGAAACCUGGGGGCUCCCUGGACAACUCUGAGCAGAAGUGCAUCGCCAUGUGCAUGGACCGCUACAUGGACGCCUGGAACACCGUGUCCCGCGCCUACAACUCGCGGCUGCAGCGGGAACGAGCCAACAUGUGACUGGCGAGCCCGCGGGCCGCCCCGCCCCGUUCAUUUCCAUAAACUUGGUCUGAGAGGCGGGGCCCGCAUGUGCGUACUGCCUGCCCGGGGCUUGGCGGGGUGGCACCGGUGCUGGGACAGACGGGACUGUGUCCUCGCCACCCCCCCACCUUGCCCCCUGCCAGCCAGUGCAGCUUGGAUCUCGGGGGUGGGGGGGCCCUGUGCCUUCCCAAAGUGCUGGCAGCCCAGUGGCACCUCCUUCAGGCCUUUGGGGUCUUCCCCUAGUGGGCCCAGGUCAGCCUCAUAUUUUCUGGGCGGAGAACUCUUGUCAGGACUUUGGAGGUGGGGGUGGUCAGACCCCACCGGAGCUGUCACCUCCUGCGGACGGGCAAAUAAAUUGGUGGAGGGCGGAGA